AUGGGUCAAGACGUUUACAUGUAUCAAGGAUUUUGGUACACCUCGGAAAAUCCAUUCUCAAUUGAAACAAUGAUGGCUGUGCAAGAAAGUUUUCAAGCUCAUUCAACUAAUAUCUACGUCAUUACACAACCAAAAUGUGGUACAACAUGGAUUAAGGCCCUCGUGUUUGCUAUUGUGAACCGAACAAAGUACAAAAACAUCAAACCGUCAGAUCACCCUCUAAACAUCUCUAACCCCCACAAAUGUGUGCCUUUCCUUGAGACUGAAAUCAUUACUAAAGGUCCUGAAAAUCCACCAUGUCUCUUGGCUAGCCAUAUACCUUACAACGCGUUACCUAAAUCCAUUCUUGAUUCUAGCUGUCGAAUAGUUUACAUGUGUAGGAACCCUAAGGAUGUUUUGGUCUCUUGGUUUCACUUUGCAAACAAGUUGAAAGACAAAUCUCGUACCCAAAUGACCAUCGGUGAGAUGCUUGAUGUGUAUGCUAAAGGUUUUAUGCCAUAUGGACCUUACUGGGAUCAUGUGAUAGAGUACUAUAAGGCUAGUUCUGAAGAUCCGACAAAGGUUCUAUGUUUAACAUAUGACGACAUGAAAAUAGAUACUGCAAGUAAAGUGAAGCGUUUGGCAGAGUUCUUGGGCUACCCUUUCACGGAGGAGGAAGUGACCAAUGGUGUAGUGGAAGAGAUCGUGAAGCUAUGUAGUUUUGAAAAUCUAAAGGAAGUCAAUAAGAAUGGGGAUCUCUUUACGGGUGUCCCUAAUGCCAGUUUCUUUAGGGAAGGUAAGGUUGGAGGAUGGAGCAAUUAUCUUACAAAUGAAAUGAGUCAGAUUUUGGAUGACAUUACGACGGAAAAAUUUCAAGGUUUGGAUAUCUCUUUCUGA